UAAAAAAACGCCCGGUCUGCAACUUCUCACUUUCACUUUUAUUUCAAUGUCGACACAAAGCAGAGACUGUAAUGUCUCUUUAGUGAGAUUAAUAACCGCUCGAUUUGAAAGGUUAAAGAGAAGGGCGAACAUCUGAAGAACUCAGGUGCACGCGAGCAUCAAAAGAUGGCAAUGGAGGGACGUGAACUCUACGUUCACGGUUUACCGACAGAUGUGGAUCACGAGCGGCUCCGGGACAAACUACUGAUCCACUUCCUGCGCGCGAGGAACGGAGGAGGAGAGGUCACGUCUAUUACAGUCGUCACUGAGUGCGCCCUCAUCACCUUUGAGGAGAGCAGAGGUCAGAGGGUGUGAGGGGUAUUAAGACUGAAUAUCAAAAACGGUCCAGAGUGCACUUCGUCAUCAUCCUCACAUUAUAGAGGUCGAUGGCAGAAAGUAUGAACUCUCCCUGAGUCUCCCAAGCCAAGACCCCUUGAGCCUGAAUAAGGUGAUCCUUGAUAUGUCUGUAACCAUAGAUUGCAGCCAGCUGCAAGAGGGUCCAGAGACUCUGAAUGUAUUGCGCUGUAAAUUUCCAGGACUACGUACCCAACCUGGCCUAUUACAGCAGACAUGCACCUUGCAGGGAAUGUAUUCUGAGGUUCAGGAUGCUUUGGACUAUAUGCAAAAAUACUUUAGGCCCAUUCAAAAGCAUUCAGGUACUAAAAAUCCUGAUCCUAGUGGAAAGAAUAGACAAACUGUGGAGAAGAGGGAAGACAUCGGGAGUCAAAAGCAACAGAGAUGGGACAAUUCUGCACAGCAGUUACCAGGCCUUUUCAUGGGAGACCUCAGCACUGAAUCUACUCUGGGUUUAGGACAACAUGGUUAUAGGCUUACAAACAGAGGUGAAGCUCUCGCCCAGCUUGAAGAAAACAGUGCUUGGCCUGAGAAAACCAAUUUGGAGGAGGGGGCAGAGUGCAGAAUAGAUGAAACCAAUUGUCAAGAUCUUUCACUCAUCAUGGAAGCUGAUGUGUUUGCAUACUUACAGAGCAACAAGGAAUACAGGCGUAUACUUCAGAGUCAUGGAGUGCAAGUGGUUCAUGUGACGUCUGAUGGGGUUACCACCUUGUUUCUGCAAUCAGAGGUCCCAACAGGGUCGGAGAAUACAGAAAACAUGCGAAGAGCUCAUAAGGAACUGGGACACCUUUAUCAGCAGCAAGAAAGUUGCCUGAGGAAAGACCAGCUUAAAAGGAGCACCCUCUACUUGCCAGGAGGACUGACUGCAGCAUUGAACAAUGUGCAGUCAGUUCUCCCUAAUGUUUUGCUUAGUUAUGACCAAGACAACGUUUAUAUAGUUGGGGAGAAAAGUGAGGUAUCUCAGGCUAAACAAAUACUACUGAUUGGGGCAGGGGAAGGUAUAAUAAGUAGCUUGACCGAAAUGCCACCAUCCUCUUCCAGUUCUCCAUCACCAUCUCCUGAAUCCUUGGAAAGAGGACAAUUUGGUAAAAAGCAAAGUGAAGUGCAUACUCCAAUGACCCCUAAAUUGUUUGGCUCAAACACAGAACGAAAAUUGGAGGCUGGAAAAGAGUAUAAACUUGCAGCUCGGUUUAAGAGCUCUGGGUUGGGAGGAAAGGGACUUGCUAAAGAGAAGAUUAGUGAAGAUUUAAACAGUAUCAGUAACAAAAUGGACAUGUUAAAUUUAAACUCAAGCUUUCAAUCAACACCACCCAUUAGGUUGUCCUUUAGCAGUGCAAGUAUUUUCAGUCAUGAACUGACCGGUGAAGGAACUCAAACAUUCAAGAUGACCCAGCCAAACUGUACUGGGGAGGAUGUCCUGUUUAAAAACCAAGACACGCUAUCCUAUGUGAAUAGCAGUGGAACCACCUCCAGCACGUCUACCACGAAAUCAACUACUUCCUCCGGAUUCACUUCAGGAUUGACAACAGGACUCAGUGCCCCAUUAAACACAAAUGUGAAUACUUCUUUAGAAAGAGAAGUUAAGUCCGCUGCCCCCUUUACAACAACAUCAGUGCCCUCUUCCAAAUCCUCUUUAAGAAGGGCCAAUAGUUUCUCUGGUCAGCCUGACCUAAAAGAGCAGGUGCAAAAAAAACAGGUUGCUUCUGGGUCAAUAACUGACACACAUGCUCAUCAAAGAGCAAGAUCCAAUAGCAUCAGUGGUGGAAAAGGCAGUACAGGUUUUCCUUUAUCUACAGUAGAAGCACAAUUGACUGUGUCUUCAGUAAUGUGGAACUACAUGAAGGAUGCGUACCACAACCAAUUGGACAGCAUGAAAUCUGACAUGCAGAUGUCUGAGAAACAAGCAGGAAAAAGUGACGUGAAUGUGAUUUUGAAGGGUACAGAUUCCUCUAUGGUUGAAGAAAGUCAUCGCAAGCUUCAGAAUUUAGUGGCUAUGGUAGCCAGUGACUUUACUGUUCAGGAGCUGCAUUUAGCAGAGCUUGGCCUGGUUGAGAAAGAUGAAUCGUUUGAGACCUGCUGCUUGGAUGUCCAGUCACGCUUUCGGAAGGUCAUCUUGCACACGUUGAUGGAUAGAGUUUUCUUGCUUGGCCCGAAAUUGCUCUGCUGUCAAGUCAGUGAUAUAUUUAAGGAUGUAUUUCUCGGGACGGAAAAGUCUUUACACCUGCAGGACAGUGUAGAUCAGGGAACAACCAAGCCAACUGUAGACCAAGUGAGCAGGGAGUCAACACAAAUGAAUCCCACUAGGUCUGAUCAAAGUGAAAAUGAGCUUUCUUUUCAAAGCACAAAUGUUCUGUCUAACUUCAGUCAGACAAAAAACAAGAGUGGUGGUCACUCAACAAAACUCAAAACAGGUACAUUGGAAAGGUUAAAGACACCAAAAUCUGUGAAGGAUGAGUUGAGCAAGACUAAUGCCAGAGAAAACGAAACAGGACUAAAAAGUAACGGACAAACAUCUUUAUCUCUCAGAGAACACAGAAAAGAAUACACCUCAAAGAUGUUGAAACAGAGCAACCUGCUCUCCCACAAACCUUCAGAUUGCGUGUGUGGAGCAAGUGGACCAGGUGUCAAAAGGACCAGCUGUGGUGUCAUUCUGUGCAGUGUCUGCACGCUACAGCAUUCAAAUUGUAGAGUGUGUGGACAAGAAGAGUCUAAUAAGAAAGUUUUAGAGUAUCCUGUACAUGGUUCCAGCUCAAAGGAUGUACAACAAUAUCAGAUGCAGACGUAUCAGGAAGAGCAGAAUUCAAGAAAAGAGGGCAGCAAAGACCAAAAAGGCAUUCAUGGCACCGUGACAUUUUUGGAGAUGCCUUUAAGCAUUGAUGGCCAUCCCAGAGACACAACAGCCAAGAUCACAUACAUCAUACCUGAUGGCAUACAGGGGGAUAAUGAUCCCUGUCCAGGGUCAUCAUUCCAAGGUGGUCUGUUUGAGGCUUACCUGCCACUCAACCCAAAGGGACAAGCUUUAUUACCAUGCCUGGAAAAGGCUUUUCAUCAAGGGCUAACCUUUACCAUUAGUCCAAGCAACAAGGCCGGUGAUGGAGGUGGAAAAGUGACCUGGAGCAAGAUUCCUCACAAGACCAGGAUGGAAGGAGGAAGGAGUAGGAAUGGAUAUCCAGACUCGACAUACCUUAACCGUUUAUCCGAGAUACUGGCGGCUUAUGGUAUUGAACCUACCAUUGGUAAAGAUCAACCCAAAUCCUGAUGCUGAAUUCAAACCUGACUACAAAGUAAACUUUUAGUGGCAGAUUCUCUUUCGCAGACAGGGUUUAGAUUAAGCCAUGACUAGGCCUUAGUUAUAAUAGGACAAUGAAGUAGUUUUAACAAACAUAGCUUACAUCUUUAGGUGUGCAUCUUAAGAUAAAACAAUGGCACUGAUAUAUUUUAAGAUAUGUGCAAGCUGUUUUUAGUUAAAACCGCUCAAACAAGCAUUUUAGUCUUGGAGUAUACCUUAAGCCCUGAUCAGGAAAACAAUAGUACGUAAUUUAACAAAAAUAAUAAAAUUUACGAUAACUGUGAUAGACUACUUAAUCUGUUAGCAUACAGUACAGUAUUUUAUGUAUAUCUCUUUGAGAUGAGUAAUAUUGAGAAUGCUAAUGAUUCUCUAAAAUCUAUUUUUGUUCUGUAUUAGAAAAGCUCAGUAUGU